AUGUUGACUGACGAUACGACCAACUUACCCACCAGGACUGACACAACAACUUACUACUCCUACUCCCACUACUACUACUCCUACUCCCACUACUGCUACUCCUACUCCCACUACUACUACUGCUCCUCCCACUACUACUACUGCUCCUCCCACUACUGCUACUCCUACUCCCACUACUACUACUGCUCCUCCCACUACUACUACUGCUCCUCCCACUAUACUACUCCUACUCCCACUACUACUACUGCUCUUCCCACUACUACUACUCCUCCUCCCACUACUACUACUGCUCCUCCCACUAGUACUACUCCUACUACUACUCCUCCUCCUCCCACUACUGCUCCUCCCACUACUACUACUGCUCUUCCCACUACUACUACUCCUCCUCCCACUACUACUACUGCUCCUCCCACUAGUACUACUCCUACUCCCACUACUACUCCUCCUCCUCCCACUACUGCUCCUCCCACUACUACUACUGCUCCUCCCACUACUGCUACUCCUACUCCCACUACUACUACUGCUCUUCCCACUACUACUACUCCUCCUCCCACUACUACUACUGCUCCUCCCACUAGUACUACUCCUACUCCCACUACUACUACUGCUCUUCCCACUACUACUACUCCUACUCCCACUACUGCUACUCCUACUCCCACUACUACUACUCCUCCUCCCACUACUACUACUGCUCCUCCCACUACUACUACUCCUACUCCCACUACUACUACUGCUCUUCCCACUAGUACUACUCCUACUCCCACUACUACUACUCCUACUCCCACUACUACUACUCCUACUCCCACUACUACUACUGCUCCUCCCACUAGUACUACUCCUACUCCCACUACUACUACUCCUACUCCCACUACUACUACUCCUACUCCCACUACUACUACUCCUACUCCCACUACUACUACUGCUCUUCCCACUACUACUACUGCUCCUCCCACUACUACUACUCCUACUCCCACUACUACUACUGCUCUUCCCACUACUACUACUACUCAUGCUCCCACUACUACUACCACUACUACUACCACUACUACUACCACUACUACUACCACCUCCACCAAGCCUCCGCUGAUCUGUGCUAAUGGGCAUAAUGAGAGUGGCGUCUGUGUCUGUCCUGAUGAGUGGACGGGGAAGAACUGCUCAGAGGAAAAUUUCUGCACUGAAGCAACUUUAGGGAGAUUCAGAUUUCCAAAGACAACCAUUGGUUGGUUUGCGUACUCAGAGGAACAAUGUGGCAAAGAUACAGUUUCAGCUGGUAAACCCCAGGCUUCUACCAGAUGUUUGAUCAGGGAUGGAAAACCUCAGUUUGACGACCCACCCCGGGUCCUUCGAUGUGAACAGACGCUCAGCGACAUUCAAAGAAACCUCACCAGUUCUGCAGACCUGGAGGUACUGGCAUCCAGCGCUCAGCUUCUGACGUCCAGACCUGAAGGUCUGAAACCUGAAGACAUCACCAUAGCAACUCAGAUUGCCAACACGUUGCUGCUGUCGCCAAAUGCCUCAGAGACCGUCAGGGUGGCAGCAGUUACUACCAUCAGUCAGCUGCUCAACGCCACGGAGUCCGAUGAGAAGGAGGAAACCAACACGUCUCAGAGCUUGACGUUGACCCUGGAUCAGCUCUCUGUGAACCUCAGCCUCACCAGCAACACGUCCCAGCUGGUCCAACCGAACCUGGUGGUCCAGUCGGCUCAGAUUCCAGCGUCGGACACCCAGGGAGUCCAGUUCACCGCGUUGGCAGGGCAGUCUGGCAGUUUUGUAGCCAACAGAAUUCGGUUGGACACCAACGUGUCAAAGGUCACCGUGGACGAGGAUUUUAUCGCUGACGCGCUGGUUUACAUCCGCUUCCCAUCAGGCAGAGGGGCUGAAAGGCGCCAGCAGGGGUCCAACGUCUCUCUGGGCUUCGUCCUCUACCAGAACAGCCGCUUCUUCCCGUCCAGGAUCUACAGGAGGCGGCGGGCCAGCCUCAGGGUCCUGUCAGCCAGCAUCGGGGGUCCAGACCGCAGUGUGGUGGCGGAGACUGUGGAGAUGCAGUUCAGAGUAAAGCUCCCAAGAAAUACAUCUCUGCACGACUUCUCCUGCGUCUUCUGGGACUACGGCAAGCAGGACUGGAACACCCACGGCUGCCACAAGGGGAACGCUUCAGACGGCGUUCUCAGAUGUUCCUGCAACCACACCACCAACUUCGCAGCUCUCUGGUCUUUCAGAGACGACUAUAAGUAUGCAGAACCCCUGAUGAGGAUCUCCAUCGUGGGUCUGUCUUUCUCCAUCCUGGGCUUGGUUAUCACCAUCAUCCACCACCUGAAAGAGACUUUUCAGAUGAAAUCUGGUCAAAAACAAACCAAGCUGAACUCCAAGACGUCUCUGCUCUGCAUCUGCUUCAGUCUGCUGGCCUUCAUCAUCACCUUCCUGUCUGGAGUCCAGAACCUCAGACAGGACUACGAUACCAAGGAGCCGCCCAGCGAUCAGAACCAGAUCCUGGACUCUGAGAAGUCUGUGGUGCCGGAUUCGGGCUCCUGCACGGCCGUGACGGCGCUUCUGCACUUCUUCCUGCUGGCCACCUUCUCAUGGAACAGUUUGUACGGCACCCAGGUGGUUCUGUUGGUCCGAUCCAUGCAGCGCAGCCUGCCCUCGUACUGGACCGGGCUCAGCUGGGGAGUCGGAUGGGGAGUCCCAGCCGUUGUCAUGGCGAUCACCCUGGCAACGACCUACCGGGUGGAGAACCCGCUGGCAUACAGACAGGAGGAGUUCUGCUGGCUCGCCGCUCUGGACCAGGACAAAGACUUCAGCUUUGGGAAGCCCAUGUUCUGGGCCUUCCUGGUGCCGCUGGGCCUGGUUCUGCUCUACAACACGGUUCUGCUGGGCCUCGUCUCCCUCACCACCUGCAGGGUGGAUCGCAAGCUCACCAGCACCAAGCGCUCCUCCCUGGCCCAGAAGUUCCUGGUCAGCUUCUCUCUGGCGGUUCUGCUCGGUCUGUCCUGGACUCUGGGCUACCUGGUCCUGGUUACCGAGGAAACCGCUCACCUGGUCUGGAGCAUCCUGUUCUGCCUGUGUACCACCACCCAGGGCCUGCAGAUCUUCAUCCUGUUCACGGCCAGAACCAGAAGCUUCCGGGUCGCAGUGGGCCGGUCCGCUCACUACGUCUCCGUCGCCGGGUUCACCCUCAGGUCCACAACGUACUACCUGUGGAAGAACCGGGCCGAGACCAGAACCUCAGACAUGUACAACACAAAGGACCGGGACACCAGCAUCUAGAGCCAGGAACCGGGCCAGAACCAACAACUACAAUGAGGAACCGGACCAGAACCAACAACUACAACCAGGAACCGGGCCAGAACCAACAACUACAAUCAGGAACCGGGCCAGAACCAACAACUACAACCAGGAACCGGACCAGAACCGGCAUAUAGAACCAGGAACAGGCGAUCCACCAGCUGCAGUCAGAACCGACCCGGUACCGCUCCAGUGUUGGAUCAGUGAUUUUUGUACUUUUUAUUUUAUAUUCCUCUGAUGUUCAGUAUUAUGAUCCCAAUAUUAUUGGUGAAUUAUUGGUGAAUUAUUGAACAUGAAUAAUUCCUGAUCAGUUUGGAUAUUUUUCCAUUUUUCUGCAGAAGCUGAUUAAAAAUCAUUUCAUCUCAACCAGCAGAUUUUAAAUGUAAACCAGAUCAGAACCGGAUCAGAACCGGAUCAGAACUGCUGGUUCUGAUCCAGUUUGUCUCGUUUUAUUGGUUCUGAUCAUUAUAAUGUUUUUAUAUAAACUCAGAUUUUUAUAUUUUCAUGUUUUUAUUGUUUUAUCAUCUGAACCAUUAAAGAUGUUCUAAAAACUC